AUGGGACUCGCCAGUGUUUCCCGGGAGUCUUGUGAAAACCUACUGUCUAAAGGUGGUGCUGACGGGGAAGGCAUGGGCCGCGCGAUUACAAUUGUCAUUGGUGGGGCUCGCGAGUCCCUGGACGCUCUACCUCACUCUCUGCGCCUUGUUUUAAAAUGCCGCAAAGGAUUCAUAAAGCUAGCAAUUCGCACCGGUGCUGAUCUUGUGCCGGUACUUGCUUUCGGUGAAAACGAUCUCUAUGAGCAGGUGCGAUCGGAUCAGCAUCCCGUUAUACACAAACUUCAAAUGCUCAUUAAGCGUACGAUGGGGUUCACGAUCCCGCUCUUUCAUGCUCGUGGGGUUUUCAAUUAUGACGUGGGACUGAUGCCUUAUCGACGUCCAUUGAAUAUUGUCGUUGGCCGGGCUAUUCAAGUCGUUCAACAGCGUGACAGAGACAAGAUCGACGAAACGUACAUUGAUGAUCUUCAUGCCAAGUAUAUACAAGAGCUUCGACGGUUGUGGGAGCAAUACAAAGAUGUCUUUGCGAAGGACCGAAUCUCUGAAAUUGAGAUAGUUGCAUGA